GUUUCUGUUGGAGAAGCAAGAAUCUCUAGGGAGAGAAACACUUGUGUGGUUUUUUUGUUUGUUUCUUUGUUUUUUGUUUUCCCCCAAAGUGAAGUGCUGGUAGUGCUGUGUGAAUGUUUACUGGGUAAGAUUUGUGUAUCUCAUGGGGAGAUGUCAGAUUGAAGUGGUCAUUGCUUGCUUGCACAAGGGUUUAGUUGCAGUACCAAUAAAAGCUGACCCGGGGGGAAGCGGGACGUAGGCUGGGGGGCAGCUCUUUGCAGCACAAGCUCACAUUUAGUCAUGCAUAGCUGCAGAAGAUGUGAAUUCACCUGGAAAGCUUUUGAACCCAGAGGUUGUUUAAAAACGGUGGUCGCAUAAGUUGAUAAAUCUGCUCAACUGAAUUUGUUAAUCUUUGCUGAUUAGGAAAUGUACAACACUUUUCCCCAAAGCUGUUCUAAGGUAGUGCAUUUCCCCUGGACAGUCAGUAAUGACCGCUGAGCUCUGUGUUCUCCCCAGCAGUCUGUCUGUACAGGUGUGGGGAGUAGAGGAUUUUGUUAUUCUGCCUCACCAAAGGUGAGGUACUGAAAGCCUGAGGGAACAUAUAGUUUAAAACAUCGGCUGACACCUACUGGUCAGAGGGUUUUAAUGUUGAGUCUAGUGUUUCCUUCUGGGAAUUAACCUCUGGCUCCUCAGGAGCAGUCAGGACCUGGACAGUUAAACUUCUGUGCUUUUUAGAAACUAAAUAAAGCAUUUUUUGUGUCACGUUAAAGUGCAGAAUGAUUUGUAGGUGCAUGAUGACAGCAUAGCUUUGAUUCAUUAACAAAAAGCAGAUCUCUGCAGAAAUACAGUUGCUGGGUGGGCAGACAUUAUUUCUUCUUUACUGUAUGUUUGCACAGACCGCUCUGCUAGAGAAGAUACUUAAAAGGAGGUAGCGCUUUAGACCUAAACAUGAAUGAGAUUUCAGCUUUCCUAAGACAAAAGUUCUGCAAAUAUGACCUCAUCUCAAGUCACUUUUGAAGUAAGAGGACCAUCAGCACCAGGAGAAGUGUUUGCAAUAUGUGGGAGCUGCAGUGCUUUGGGAAACUGGAAUCCACAAGCUGCAGUAGUCCUUCAAACUGAUGAUUGUGAAUUAUGGAAAGCUACUGUAGAGCUUCUUAGAGGAGUUCCCGUUAAGUAUCGGUAUUUUAAAGGGUACUUCUUAGAACCUAAGACUAUCGAUGGUCCCUGCGAAGUCAUAGUUCACACGUGGGAGACUCAUCUACAACCACGAUCAAUUACCCCUUUAGAAAAUGAAAUGACCAUUGACGAUGGAUACUUUGGAAUCCAUAAUGGUAUUGAAACUGUGGAUGCUGGGUGGCUGACCUGUCAAACAGAAAUCAGAUUGCGUCUGCAUUAUUCUGAGAAACCCCCUGUAGUGAUAACAAAGAAGAAAUUUAAAACAUCAAGGUUUAGAGUAAAAUUGACUCUAGAAGGCCUGGAGAAAGAUGAGGAUGAUGAAGAGGGCCAAGAAAAAACAUCCCCUACAGUUCCUCAGAAAAUGGCAAACACUGUGGAGUUCUCCUUAAUAACCAACAAUGAAUAUAAAUGCCGACACUCUCAACCAGACUGUGGUUAUGCUUUGCAGCCCGAUCGAUGGAUAGAAUACACUAUACAAACCAUGGAGCCUGAUAACUUGGAAUUAAUCUUUGAUUUUUUCGAGGAAGAUUUAGGUGAGAAAGUACUGCAAGAUGAUGAGCUUCCAGGUCAUGUAGGUUCUGCCUGCCUCCUGUCAUCCACAAUUGCAGAAUUUGGAAAGAGUGCUGGAAUUCUUACACUUGCUAUCAUGGGCAGAAAUCCGAGGAAGACAAUUGGAAAAGUUCGAGUGGACUACAUAAUUAUUAAGCCAAUCCAGGGAUACACUUGCGAUAUGAAGGCCUCAUAUGCAAAAUACUGGAAACCAAGAACAACUCUAGAUGUUGGACACAGGGGAGCAGGAAAUUCUACAACAACAGCUAAACUUGCUAAAGUUCAAGAGAACACUAUCGCUUCUCUGAGGAAUGCUGCAAGUCAUGGAGCAGCAUAUGUGGAAUUCGAUGUACACCUUUCUAAAGAUCAUGUGCCUAUUGUCUACCAUGAUCUCACAUGUUGCAUGGCAAUGAAAAAGAAACUGGAUACAGAGCCUUUGGAGUUGUUUGAGAUUGCAGUCAAAGAGCUCACAUUUGACCAACUGCAGUUAUUGAAGUUGGCUCAUGUGACUGCCCUGAAAGUUAAAGAUCACAAUGCAUCUUUUAAAGAAGAAGAAAAUUCUGCUUAUGAGACCCAGCCGUUUCCUUCUCUGCAGAGAGUCCUGGAGUCAGUUUCUGAAGAUGUUGGCUUCAACAUAGAAAUAAAAUGGAUAUGCCAACAAAGGGAUGGACAGUGGGAUGGCAACUUGUCAACUUACUUUGAUAUGAACCUCUUUCUAGAUAUUAUUCUAAAAACGAUUCUGAUGAAUGCUGGAAGAAGAAGAAUUGUUUUUUCUUCUUUUAAUGCAGAUAUUUGUACAAUGGUCCGGCAUAAGCAAAACAAGUAUCCUGUGUUAUUUCUCACCCAAGGAGAAUCUAAGCUCUAUCCAGAACUUAUGGAUCUCAGAUCUCGUACAACUCCAAUUGCCAUUACUUUUGCACAGUUUGAAAACUUGCUGGGAGUUAAUGUGCAUUCUGAAGACCUGCUGAGGAAUCCAUCAUUCAUUAAAAGAGCCAAAUCUAAAGGCUUAGUUAUUUUCUCGUGGGGAGAUGAUGCAAAUGACCCAGAUAACAGGAAGAAGUUGAGAGAAUAUGGUGUUCAUGGGCUAAUAUAUGACAGGAUAUAUGACUCAAAUCCCGAACAACCAAAUAUAUUCCAAGUAGAGCAACUGGAACGUCUAAAGAAGGAAUUACCAGAGCUGAAAAGCUGUGUGUGUCCCACAGUUAGCCACUUCAAAUCCAUAUCUCCAUGUAAAUGUCAUCAUAGUUGUCUGGAAGAGAAAACUGUAGAUAACUUGCAGAGUGUUCAAAUGCAAAAGGACUGAUUCUAGGCAGAAUGCUGUUUUGUAUCUGUUUAACUUCGACCAUUGGAACAGUGCUCUCCAUGCCUUGACUGUUUGUUUGUUUAAGUCCCCCAAAUAGCAAUAACUGUGUUCCUCCUUCCUGACAAUACUUGCUAAAGUUUCAAUGUUAAAAUAUUCAGCCAGUUAUAGUUGUUGCAGUUUACAUACACAGUUUUAAGUUUCCCAUGAUCAAAUCUCAAAUUUUGAAGCAGUAAAUUUAGUAUUAACACUAAGUGUGUUUUAAAAAAAAAAAAAUUAAGCACUCUAAGGAGUGGAAGUUAAAAAACUAAAUUGUAGAGAAAUUACAAUGACCUGAUGGUGAAAAUGCUUUAAAAAAAAAGUUUUGAUUUUGAUUUUACUUCAGUAGUACAGCUCAUCAGCCUGUACAUGACACCAGGAAAUUACGAGUGAUUGUAAGGUACAUAAAAUUAGAUCUAGCCUGAAUAAAUCGGUACCUCUAUCUGUAUAUGUAUUUGCACUGAUAGAUCCACCUGUAUAAAGCUUUGUGCCAUUUAAAAAAAACUCUACACUUUUAAGUAAAUUACAGUGCAUAUUAACUCAUUUUUCCCCCUUCAUGGACGUUUAGGCUGCUGCCAUUGUUUUCUGAUUUGCCAACUGAGUGGUACGGUGUCUGUGUUUAGUAGUGAGGGGUGAACCACAAGUAUGAAUAUUUUUUCAUUAGUCUCACACAAGCCUGCUAAACUUUAGGAAUGUUGCUCAUAAUUUUAAUAUUAACAGAAUUACAGAAACACCUGUCAGUGGCUGAGAAUCUUUUUUGCACAGUAACCUUAAUAAACGAAAUAUGUACCAUGCACAAACUCUAGAAAAUGCAUGCUUUAGUUUUUAAGCAUGAAAUUUAGGUGUUUGCUGAGGUCCUUGCAUCUUUACGGUGCUAGUUAUAUGUGAAGGGUGCAAGGACUAACUAAACUACUUAACCUUCUUUGCCUAAAACCACAAGCCUGUUAUUCACAAACAUUUGGAAAAAAAAAGGCUAUACCAUACAUGGUUUGUCUUUCUUACAUAAUAUAAGCCACUAGCUUUUGUAUUUUGCAAGAUUUGAUUUUUUUUUUUUUUUUGGAGCAAGAAUUA